AUGACCAAAUACAAAGAGAAGAAUGCCUACCCCACAUGGGCAGACUUCAUGAAAACCUUCACAGCCAGUUUCAGAACGGCAAACGUCAAAGGAACGGCCUCGGCCGCCUUGAUGAAAAUGAAGAUGGAACAAGGAGAAAAUGCAGUAGCAUUUAACUCAAGGUUCAUGCUAGAUGCUGGGAAAAGCGGCAUCAACAACGAAGCCAUGAUCAUGGUCUAUCAAAAGGCUAUCCGGCCACCCCUCCUUUGUGGGGCACUCACCGGAAAGGAACUACUCACCAUCGAAGACUGGAUGAGCACAGUAGCGAACCUAGACGCUAACUGGAUCAGUGCCAAUGCUAUCUCGGAAGGAGCAUGGGGCGCCAGAAACAGAGAAAGACAGAACGACAGAAACCGCAAAAGUGGACCAUCCACCAGCACCAGAAGAUUAACCAAAGACGAAGAAGAAUCAAGGAGGAAAGAGGGAAGAUACUUCAUAUGUAAUGAGAAAGGACACAUAGGAAGGAAUUGUAGGAACAAAGGAAAGACUCCCGAAAGAAAGGUACGUCAAACCGAAACGGAAGAUGACACCAAAACAGUGGUAGAAGAAGACAGGGUCCAAAACAUCAUGAGAAUGUGGAGAGAGUUAGGAGAAGAUCAACGAACAGAGGCAAUGAAAGAAUUGGAAGACGAGGGUUUUUAA